UACACCAUUAGUGCCAGCACUACUCAACUCUCUUCUAGAUUCAAGAUGGCGUCGAAUGCAGCUGAUUGAAAGCCUUCCAAACAUUCGCUUUCUUUCUUCAUUAUGAGCUUCAUUUACCUUUAAAUUCGAUUUAAACUAAGGUCAAUUAGAGCUUGAGUAUAUGAAGGGUACGUCUGACGCCAUGCUUUGUUUAAAAAGGAGUUGGAAUUGCGUCGAAACUUCGUCCAACUGAGCGAGUGAUUCAACAUGUUUACUUUAUUUUCUGGACUUUGGAAAUACUUGUUCCGAAAAGAUGAAUACUUUAUCCUUAUCCUUGGACUUGAUAACGCUGGGAAAACGACAUUUUUGGAGCAAAUCAAGAGAACGUUUAGUAGCUCGUACAGUGGGAUACCAUUUGAGAAGAUAAGCCCUACUGUAGGAAUGAAUGUUGGUAAGAUAGCAGUUAAUGGUAUAAAGCUGAUAUUCUGGGAUCUAGGGGGACAGCUAGAGCUGAGAUCACUAUGGAAUAAGUAUUUUGAGGAAUGCCACGGAGUCAUAUUUGUGAUUGACAGUAGCGAUGAAAAAAGGCUUGAAGAAUCACACAAUGCAUUUGAUGAAGCCCUCAAACAUGAGUUUCUCAAAGGAGUACCACUGUUAGUGUUAGCAAACAAGCAGGAUGUUCCUGGUUCUCUUUCUGUUGAUAAAAUCCAGUCAGUUUUUCAUCCCGAGUGUGCAAUACUGGAUGGACGACAGUGUUUUAUACAACCAACAUCGGCAUUGCAGGGCGAUGGCAUAGAACCAGGAAUACUAUGGAUUGCAGAUCAAGUAAAACAAAACCUUGACAGGCCACCACGUCAAAAGGAUAUCUCAUGAUAUAUCACAUCUCACUUACAUGUAAGGAAUAUUGACUGAAGUAUGGUAUGUUGAAUAAUCAGAUCCACAGCUUGAAUGUGCCAUGGCUCAUGCCCCCAGCUCAGUAGCUCUCAUUUUUCUCUACUAGUGGGCUCUCACUUAUAGAUUUAUCUUGGCAUAUUAUAGUCAAUCAUAUAUGAUAUUCACAUGUAGAUAUUCAAUAUCUAUAUAUAUAUGUAUAUUGAUUCCAAAGUUUUAAAUUGUAUAUACUAUAUUCACUGAAGAGAUUUUAUGUACUUGUAUGCAGGACAUGGCUGAUAUACAGUAUUACGGGAAGGGAUAGCUUAGCCAGCUGCAACCAUGUAACCAAAACUUUUAAAACCUUAACAGUAGACUGAAACAACCUCUGGGCUGAUCUAAGUCAGGGCACAGCUAACUUACAGAUGGAACCCUGAAACAAACUCUGUGCUGAUCAAAGUCAGGGCACGGCUAACUUACAAAUGGAAGUCUGAAAUGACCUCUGGGCUGAUCUACAUCAGGGCAUGUGUAACUCAAAGAGAAARAAAAAAUUUCUCAGGGUAAUGAUAUUGUUCUUGAAUUAUUUGUUGGAUCUUGUUCCCCUGGGCAAGAUUCAAGACAAUAGAUAGAUACAUUGUAUCAUUCUUUUAGGUUUUGAUCGUACACUUAAUGAGUAUAACGUUUGAGGAUGUGGUUGCAUUAAGCUGUCAAACAUCAUACUGUUGGAUAGAUGAAUAGAUAGAUAGUUACAUUGUAUCAUUCUUGGAGGUUUUGAUCGUACACUUAAUGAGUAUAACGUUUGAGGAUGUGGUUGCACUAAGCUGUCAAACAUCAUACUGCUGGAUAGAUGAAUAGAUAGAUAGCUACAUUGUAUCAUCCUUGUAGGUUUUGAUUGUACAUUUAAUGUGCAUAACGCCCGAGGGUGUGAUCGCAGACUGUGGUUGCACCAUGUCAGACAUCAUACUGUUUCUCAUAUCUAAGAUAUCUGUCAGAGUUUUAAAUUUCUGUCUUUUACACCCCGUGAAGAGUGACAUAAUUGCUUGUGAAAUAAAAUCCUACUUGAGAACAGCUGGAAAUCAAAAUGCAACAUUACAAUGCAACGUCAAACUUAGAAGAAUUUUUUUGUUUUUUUGUUUUUUGUUUUUUGAUGGACGCAAUUUUAAUGAUGCAACGAAGGUUUGAGAUUCAAAGUCAAAGUAAAACAAAAGAAAACAAA